AUAUAUAAGGUAUUUCAGAACUCGCGUUACACCCGUAAAUGUGUGAUUUGAAAUAAUUUUUUUUGCUGAAAUGUUGAUUAUGAUUUCAUUAAUGAGUUAGGAAUGAAAAAUCUACUCCGAUCAGAGAGCGAAUAUUGCUGGCGUCUCACUGUUACAACCAAUCUUAUGUCAAGCUCGUUAUCGCGCCAAAAUUCGUAAGCCGUAUCCGCUGCUUGAUUGGUUCAGGUUUUGCGUUAAUAACUCCUUAAAAAGCCAUGGAGAAUUGGUUUUAUAUAUCAAUUUAUACGAUGUCAAGUUGGCCAUGUUUUUAUUUCAACAAAAUAAGUUAUUAUAAAACUUUAGACUACGCGAUAGAUUUAUUAUUCUUGAAUCUCUGACGAAACUAAUAUGUAAUUGAACAGCAUUUGUUGAAAGGCAAACUUCGAAACUUCUAAUAGUGGUGUCGGAUUCUGUUGAAUUGUAUAGCAAGUUUCAAGAUUUUUAUUUAUGUUGAAAUAUAUUUAUGUUGAUUUAUAGGCAAUGUUAUAUCUUUGCUCGAAUUAAAAUUUUUAAUCUUAAAUUCGUUCAAGCUGAAACGUGUAGUGAAUAGUAAUCGUGCAAUGAAAGAUUUUUGUCUUUGGAAUAGAAAAAUGAAAACAGACAUUUGCGAAUUGAUAGUGAUAUAUUAAAAUAUUAAGAAAUUUUUGGCACAUAUUUCAAUAAGAACUUUCGUGUUUUCUUUAUUUCAAACAAUUAAUAGAAAUUGACCUCUCGUUCGAAUUUAUUUGACAAAUUUAUCAAUUUUGCCGCGUUCUAGAAUAUGUACCGGCGCGAUUGUCAGUUGUCGGCGAUUGUCGAUUGAUACAUCAGGAACUAUUGGAAAGACUAAUUUAUUUUGUAUUUAAUUUAUUUCUUUGAAUUUGUUAUUAUUACAAUUUAUUUAUUAGAUUGAUACUAUAUAAAUGAGUGUGUUAUGAAUCUUCAUUUGUUUAUGUUUUAUCGAAACAUUCGCUCAUUGCGAUGCUUAAAACGUAAACAUGAAAUUUGAUUUUUAACUAAAUACGUAUCCUCAACAGGUUUACAUUAAUUUUAAUUAAUAUUUGUAGAAUAAAGUUAUUACCGACUACUACAACUGUAUGUUAUAUAUUUUAUUUUUUGUUAUUAAAAUCCACAAUAUAAAAUAGAAAUAAUGGAAGACGAAGUGAUAAAAAAUAUACGAGCAUGUUUAAUGGCUUCAAAGGGAGGCCUCACAUUUGAUAACUUAAGCAGGGAUUAUGAGAUGCUUCUCGAUGAGAAUAUACCAUUUAAGAAGCUUGGAUAUCCUACUCUAGCUGAUUUUUUAAAUAUUGUUCCUGGUAUUAAAACUCGUGAGAGAGAAGGGGAAUAUUUUAUACAAGCUAUACCUACUUCUAAGUCUGCACACAUUUCAAAAUUAGUUUCGCAGCAAAAGACAACAACUAAGAAACCUACAAGAUUGGUGAAUACUCGAAAGUCAGUACUAAAUUAUCAGUCUGUAAAGACAAAAAUGAUUACUGCUUCGACAAAAAGAGUUCCUACUUUGACAAAAAAGGUUCCUUCUCCAACGAAAAGGGUCCUUUCUCCGACGAAAAAAGUUUCUUCUAUGACACAAGAGGUUUCUCCUCUGACGAAAAAUCUUUCUUAUAUGACAAAAGAGAUUCCUUCUCCGACGGAAAAGGUUUCUUCUACAACAAAGAAGGUUCCUUGUCCUAUAAAAAAUGUUAUUGAUACCUCCCGUAUGAUUGGAAGCAAAUAUACAGUCAUCGCAACAAAUCUACGACCAAUAAAAAUUACUUUUUAUUUAAAUAAUGAAAAACCAAGAUACAUUCAUCCAAUACCACCGACACCUCCAAGUAAAAGACUAAAGGAAAGACAAACCAACGCAGCUGUAUGGUCAGCCCAAAGUUAUUAUAAGUCUAAAGAUGAUUGCUAUUAUAAGAGCGAUGAAAAGAUAUAUCAGAAACCAAAGACUGUUAGUAACAAUGUGGAGACUUGUUAUAAACCUUAUUAUCGUUACAAAGGGUACAGAGAUCAUUCUCCUAGAUCAUCUUAUCGAUCUAUGGAAGAAGUUAGAAAGAAAAGUUACAGGGAUAGAUCUCCUAGAACCUAUUCAUCGGAUAAGUACCAUUACCAUUAAAAUUGCAAAGGAGCGCAUGGGGUUUGUGUAAGUUAAGAUUGGGACUCAUGAGAAUAUUCCAAUUAUCUUGACGAAGCACGUUCAGAAGAUGAGACGAAAAAAAUUGUAGCAAAAUUUGCUCUGCUUAAAGAGUCAUAUUUUAAGCAAGAUUUGAAAAAUGUGGGAACAUUAUUAGUCAGAAAGUAAUAAUUAAAUAUGAUGGGAAAUUAUAAGAGUUUGUACAGCUUUUGAAGAUCUGGGCAGUCUUGUCUGCUAGAUCUAUUACAGGUCAACAAACGGUGGUUGGUGCAAAUAUGCGAAGUCAUCUCCUGGCUAGUCCAGCAACAAUGGGAGUUAUAGUUCUUAACUGACCAUCAAAUUACAAAUGCACUUCGGAUAUGUGUAAUACACAUCAAAUAAUGGCAAUCUCUGCUCCUAUUCCUGUUCAAUAAGCUGUUGAUAUUCAAAACCGAGUAGAUUACCACCUUUUAUUGCCACGACGCUGGCAACUGUUCCAGCACAAGGGCAGACACAAAUGUUAGGAGUAUGUCUCUUCCCGUUAAUUCAUAUGUACAUUGACUCGCAUUAAUAUUCAGACACCUUUUAGGAGAUAUACAAUAACUAAAAUUCUUUCGUUUUAAUUUUGCUAUCGAUUCUCGUAGAUCUCCGGAACUUGCAUGCAUAAUGAAAAUUUUAUCGAAAUCGGUUGAUGCAUAAUCAAGCUACAAGUGCUUUCUUAAAGUUUUUGAUCAAAAGUCGUGGAAUAGUCUUUAAUUAUUUAUAACUCGUAGCAACGUUAACCGAUACGAUGAAAUUUUCAGCAUACUUGUAAGUUACAGGGAUCUCUAAAAUGCAUUGUUUACAGUUUCCAUUAUAAGCUCAGACAAAAAAGUUAAACCCGAGUUCCUUACUUUUUUCUAUUCGAAUCAAUUACUAUUUAAAAAAAAAUGUGUUUAUUGUCUACUAAAUUAGUCUCUUUAACAUCUAAAAAAGUACAAGUAAUUUCGUCCACUUUUAGGAAAGUUAUUAUGUUUUAAAAGGUGACCGAAUAUUAAUAUGAGUCCCAAUCUGACUGGAUAGAUCACUGGAACGUUGUUGAAGAUUGAUAACCCAGAGCUCUUGUAUAUUGGAGCAGAACGAGUUACUAAUGACCAAAGUUGAGAAGACCGUAGCUAUACUGAAGACUUAUCAGGCUAAAAAGAAGUUAUAAAAGAAUGCUAAAUGUACUAAAAAAGGAAUAAAGAAUUUAUAUUAGGUUA